AUGUCGGCAAUGAUGGUGGAUAAGCCAGAGGAAAUGAUUUUCUAUAACCGCGAUUUUAUGAAGAAGUAUCACGAUGCUCCGAACAAUAAGAAAAACACUAUUCCAGGUCAUGGAUAUUUUGCUAAACUAGCUUCAUUUGAAGAGGAGCACUGCGAGAAAGGGGAACUGUACAUGGAGUACAGAAAAAUGUCUUGUCAAGAGAAAAACGACGAGCUAUGCGAAUACUGUCGAGCAACUGAUUUUCUAAGUCCUACUUCCGCUACACCUACUCCACGACCCUAUCCCGAUCACAACAAACUUCCUGACUUUCACUGCCUACCAGGUACGAAAACACCAACGACUGGCCGCAAACCUGAUGAUUAUCAGCCUAGAGCUCAAAUAAAACAGAUGUUUCAAGAGGGUACGCUCAAAGCCGGGGAUAAAAAUGCGAUCAAAGAUUUUUCUGAAAAAUAUAUUGUUUCAGAAAAGCUAGUUGCAGACUAUAUUGAUCAUCUGACUGACAUUGAACUAAGAAAAGAUAAGCGGAGAACAGAGAAUGACAGAAAGCGUACAGCAAGAAAGCAACAGGAAUACAAUGACAUUGACUGGCAAGAUCUUUAUCACAAAAACCAAUUGUCAACCCUAAGAGUAGGUGAACUUGAACUGUAUAUUAAUCAUCACAAUAUUUUAUUUAAAGGGAAGAAAGAUGAGAAAGUGAGGGUUGUGAAGGCUCAUAUUGGCAGUAAGAUUUUGACUUCAAUUGUGCAGGAAAAACAGACAAACAUUCCGCUAGCCUCUGACUCAAAUCCAGAGCCUGACAGUGACAGUGACAGCGACAGGGUAGAGGGCGUUGUUGGAUCUUCUAGUAACUCUUCAGAGCUUAAUGACUCGGGAGAUCAGGCAGCGGAUAGACAACAGCUGGAACAAGAAACCAUACCCGAGUCAAGUACGUCACGAUACGGACGGAAAAGGACACGAGUACUCCGAGAAAAUUAUGUGCCAUGGAAUAAUAUACAUGUAGACACCCAGUAACCUUGUAAAAUUAGUACCUGCACCGA